CUCUCUCUCUCUCUCUCUCUCUCUCUCUCACUCUCUUCACUUGCCUUUUUCCCCCUCUUCUACAGUUGUCUUCCAUCAACUCAGUGUGCGUGGAUAUGAGAUCUGAGAGAGUAUAGAGAGAAAGGUCCAGGUUGGAUUUUACUUUUGUUCAGUUUUGCUGGUUGGAAUUAAGACAGUACUGGAUAAAUGGUUUGAAAAAGCAAAAUUCAUUCAGAAUGAAGGCCUGGUCUCUGCUUGAGAUGAACCACUUCUGGAAGAUGCUUUUUCCACUGCCCCUUCUCCUCUACCUGUCAGGGACUGUGAAAUCCCAAGUAAAUCCAAGCGUGUGUCGAUCCCCUCUAGGGAUGUCUGGAGGACAGAUUUUGGAUGAAGACAUUUCCGCUUCAAGUCAGUGGUCUGAUUCAACAGCAGCAAAAUAUGGCAGGCUGGACUGCGAGGAGGGGGACGGAGCUUGGUGCCCCGAGAUCACUGGCGAGCCGGAGAACAUGAAGGAGUUCCUGCAGAUAGACCUGCGCUCUCUGCACUUCAUCACACUGGUGGGCACGCAGGGGCGCCACGCAGGCGGCAUGGGCAACGAGUUUGCCCAGACCUACAAGAUCAAGUACAGCCGCGACGGCAGUCGCUGGAUCUCUUGGCGCAGCCGGCAGAGAAAGCAGGUGAUUGAGGGGAACAGGAAUGCCUAUGACAUCGAGCUGAAGGACCUUGAGCCGCCCAUCGUUGCCCGCUUUGUGCGCUUCAUGCCCGUCAUGGACCAUUCAAUGAACGUGUGCAUGCGUGUGGAGCUGUACGGCUGCGAGUGGCUCGAUGGGCUGGUAUCAUACAACGUCCCACUAGGCCAACAGAUGAUCCUCUACGGUCAGAACAUUUACCUCAACGACUCUGUCUAUGAUGGUGCAAUGAGUUACAGUAUGACAGAAGGGCUUGGACAGUUGACAGAUGGUAUGUGUGGUCUGGACGAUUUCACCCUCAGCCAUGUCUACAAUGUGUGGCCUGGCUAUGACUAUGUUGGAUGGACCAAUGAGAGCUUCCCCAGUGGAUACGUAGAAAUCAUGUUUGAGUUUGACCGCACCCGCAAUUUCACCACCAUGAAGGUUCACUGCAACAACAUGUUCUCUCGGAGGGUGAAGGUCUUCCAGAAGGUUGUAUGCUACUUCCGCUCAGAGUCCGACUGGGAGCCUACACCUGUGUCUUUCAGCCCUGUGAUGGAUGACGUAAACCCCAGCGCCCGCUUUGUUACAGUUGCCUUCCACAACCACAUGGCCAGCGCCAUCAAGUGCCAGUAUCACUUUUCUGACAUCUGGAUGAUGUUCAGUGAGAUCACCUUCCAGUCAGAUACGGCAAUGUACAACACAACUCUUUCUCCUCCAAAGACUGGACUGCCAACAAGCACUCAGCCAGGGGAUAACCCUAUUCACAAAGUAGAUGACAGCAACACCCGAAUUCUGAUUGGUUGUUUGGUAGCCAUUAUCUUCAUCCUUGUUGCCAUCAUUGUCAUCAUACUCUGGAGACAAGUCUGGCAGAAGAUGUUGGAAAAGGUAUCUCGACGGAUGCUGGACGAUGAACUUACUGCUAGUCUGUCAAUACAGAGCGAGGCCUUCACUUAUACCAACAACAACCACCCCUCCUCAGCACCCAGUGAGCAGGAGUCCAACUCCACCUACGAGCGCAUAUUUCCCCUGGGCCCAGACUACCAGGAACCAUCCCGUCUAGUCCGCAAGCUGCCCGAGUUCUCCCAGCUGUCAGAGGACACUGCAUUGACAGCCGCCAAGUCCCCUCAAGCCAGUGCCCAGGAGGGCGUGCCACAUUACGCUGAGGCUGACAUCGUCAACUUGCAAGGAGUAACGGGAGGCAACACAUACGCCGUACCAGCCCUCACCAUGGACCUGUUGUCAGGCAAGGAUGUUGCAGUAGAGGAGUUUCCACGGAAACUGCUGACCUUCAAAGAGAAGUUGGGUGAAGGGCAAUUUGGAGAGGUGCAUCUUUGUGAGGCAGAAGACAUGGAGGACUUCAUGGAUGAGGACUUCUCUUUUGACAUCAGUGAUAAACAAACAGUUCUUGUGGCUGUGAAAAUGCUGCGAGCUGAUGCUAAUAAAAAUGCCAGGAAUGACUUUUUGAAAGAGAUAAAGAUCAUGUCACGGUUAAAAGAUCCCAACAUUAUCCGACUACUGGGAGUGUGCAUGAGCUCAGAUCCCCUUUGUAUGAUCACCGAAUACAUGGAGAACGGCGACCUCAACCAGUUCCUGUCUCGCCAUGAGCCGGAGGGCAUGAUCGCUCUGCUCAGCAAUGCACCAACAGUCAGCUACAGUAACCUGCAGCACAUGGCCACCCAGAUUGCCUCAGGCAUGAAGUACCUCUCCUCACUCAAAUUUGUGCACCGAGACCUCGCCACCCGCAACUGCCUUGUUGGCAAGAACUACACCAUUAAGAUCGCUGACUUUGGCAUGAGCAGGAACCUGUACAGCGGAGAUUACUACCGCAUCCAAGGCCGAGCUGUGCUGCCUAUCCGCUGGAUGUCUUGGGAGAGCAUACUAUUGGGUAAAUUCACCACAGCCAGUGAUGUGUGGGCAUUUGGUGUGACUCUCUGGGAGACAUUGACUUUCUGCAAGGAACAGCCAUACUCUCAGCUGUCAGAUGAGCAGGUCAUUGAAAACACAGGGGAAUUCUUCCGAGACCAGAGGAGACAGAUCUACUUGCCACAGCCGGCCUUGUGUCCUGACCCUAUCUACAAGCUCAUGUUGAGUUGCUGGCACAGGAAUGCCAAAGAGAGACCAUCUUUCCAGGAGAUCCAUCGAAUACUACUGGAGAGCAGGCCUUAGUGCCUGAUCCUGUGCCAACCCCAACACUGCCAGAGACGCAUUAAUGUGUGCACAGGACUCAAGGCAACUUACCACCACAGACCCAAACACCAAGCCCCACACCGUCCUGUUGAAUGGGUACCCAGAAUUGUUCUGUGUUCCCAUUUUAUACAAAAUGGAAUCUGGAAAAAGUAAAGCAAAGUGAAAUAUAUGGUAUACAUGAACUGCGCUUAUAAUUUAGUGCCUUUGGCUGGCACAGGGUAGAGGUCUAGGAUGCUAAUGAAAAAUGUAGGAGUGAGUUCAGGUACUUUUGGAAAAGAAACCCAAUUUGUAUUUUUAUAUCUUUUAUGCUGAUGACAUUUGUUAACUCCAAGAGGAGGAGUUCCUAACAAAAAAUAGGAUAGGAAACUUAAUGAAUUUUGACACAAUAAAAAAUUAUGUCUUUUCUGAUACAUUAUUAGAGGACAGCUUGAAUGUAAAUAUUAAAAAAAUUCUUUUAGAAAUAAUCCAGAUUUUCACAUGUUAAUAAUUGUGCCUCUUAUUUUUAUGUUCAUCUCAACCAUCAAAAGACUACAUUAUAGUGAUUUUACAGGAAAUGCUUUAAUUGUUUUUAUAACCAAAUAACCACUUUCAAUGAAACACAAGCAGUGGGCCUAACGUCAUCAUUUCAAAAAUAAACAAUGUUAUCACAUUAUCUUGACAUUUACAAAGGUUUUAUUGACUGUUAAAUGUAUUAAAUGAUUUAUAGGAGUUUAAUUAUGCAAAUGAUUCUGUUAAUACAAUUAGUACAAUAUGGUUUUGGGUUUACUUUUUACUUUUCCUGCUGACGUCAUCUUAAUGAUGACAAUAUUUAAUGGUUUCACAUUUGACAUUCAUGUUGUACCAUUCACAAUUGUUUCUCUUUCAAAACAACUUGGAUUCAACGCUUACCUUUAAAGCCUUUUAAAUUUGCAUUUACAGACAUUUUUUAAAUGAACAAUGAAUUAUCUUUGUUGCUGCAUUACAAUCACUCAGCUUGUAGAAACAGUAAAUGAUUUUUACAUUACAAUGGGUGAACAUUGGUGUAGUCAGUUCUAAGUAAUUUUUCAUCGAGCAUUCACAUUUGAUCAGAGCAAAGUACAUCCAUUCUUCUUUCCUCUCUCUUCUAUAUGUGUUAUUUUUAUAAUUCAUGAACAAAGUGAAAACCAUGCAUAGCAAAUAAUACAAAACUAAUGUUACACAAAAAGAAAAGAGUCAAGAUAAGCUAUGUCUGCUUUUAUGCUAACUUUAAGCUAAUUAGAAACAAUAAAUUGUUUUCAGUGAGAGCAAGCCUUGAUGUUAGUUAAUGGAUUUGUAAGAUUAAGAUGAUGACUCAGAGUAGGUUGUUAAAUGGGAUGCCAAAAGUGCUGCACAUGUGAAAUCCAGUUUGUUACUUGUAUAGGCUUAGGUGUAUUAUUAUUCAUUAAUAUAAAGUCUAGUCUUUAUACACCAUGUCUAUUAGUCUGGUCCUCAUUGUAAGACAUUGGUCUUGUUAUAGGUUGAAAUAUUUUGAUGGUCACUGGUUGGGUCCAUGGGAUGAUAUGACUAUUGAUGUUGCUCUAGAGAUACAUUGUGUGUUGUAUUUUUAAAAACCUGAACAGUAACAUAAACAAGCUCUCUUUUUAAACCCUAAUACAGUGACCUUCCUUGUGACUAUUUGUCAUUUAACUUUGUCCCAUAUAGUGUAGCUGGUCCUUCUUGAUGCUGAAAGUUUGUUUGCAAAGUAAUAGUUAUUUAACUGAAUAAAGCAUGUCAUUGUAUGUCUG